AGAUGCACCGGGAGCAUCUUGGCUUUGGUUCUAUAAAAAGGGAGUGCAGCUGCAGUGGUCAGGUUAUUCCGAGAGUGAUCAUGGAUCGAAGAGUGACUGCGACUUGCUUGGUUAUCCUUCAGCUGUUGGCCAGCGGAUUUUGUUUCCAGGACAAGGCUCCGGUGCAGACGAGCCUGAUUGCCGGACAGGCCAGGAACGCUAAGCAGGAACAGAUGCUGGAUGAUCCGGUGGGAAGUGGCCGCGGCAUCGACGAGCACCUUCUGAAGACCAUUGGUAAGGGCGGCAUCAAGCUGGUGAUGGCCUCGGGCACUCCGACGACCACCCCGAAACCGUCAGUACAACACCAUUACUAUUAUCCACCAGAGGAUCAGCAGCACCCGCGUCAGUAUGGCUAUGGUCCUCCGCCGCCCUGGUCGCCGGCACCGCCCCCAGUUUACCCACCGCCACCGCAACGUCCUUGGGCGCCACCACCACCUCCAGGAGGUCAGCCCUACUACAAUCCGUACUACAAUGGCUUCAACUAUUACGGCGGCUAUGGGGGCUAUGGAUAUGGGGCCUAUGGCUAUCCCGGCUAUGGCGGCUAUCCUGGGUAUCCCUACUAUCCCUACUAUCGUUCGUCGGCAGGCGGGGAGGUCGAUAACCAACUACCCGGUCCCGACGGACUAACACCCCCCGCCAUUCCUGGCGUUUUCCAGGGCAGGGCUGUGCUAUCCCAGAACUUCCUCGAGGGCAGGAACAACGCCAACAUCGUGCCACUUUACCACCUACUCCAAAUGGCCAGGGCUUAAAUUACUGCACAUCAAUCCUUAAAAACUGAAUAAACUCUAUGCUACAAA